CAUGAUCCAAAGUGACAACCAAAACCAGUACACAGCGGAUAUCAUUAAAGAGCUGUGCACAUGUAAUGGAUUGUCUUAUGAGAAAGUUGAUGAGGAAGGACCAGAAACUGCAGUGCUGGAGAUGUUUUUCUCAGGUUAUCCCAGAAUAGUAGGCAUGUCUUUUUUCCCAAAUUUAACAACUCUGACUCUCGUUGGACAAAGCAUUCAAAAGAUUUCAGACCUGGAAUAUUGCCCAUUACUCAAAGAGCUAUGGAUUUCUGAGUGUUGCUUAACGAAAAUUGAUAACCUGCAAAACUGUGUUGAUCUGGAGAAGCUUUACCUGUACUGCAACAGGAUUUCCAGAAUUGAAAAUCUGGAGAGUCUAAUCAAGCUGAAAGUAGUUUGGUUGAAUAAUAAUCAGAUUAAGGACAUAGAGGGUUUGCACAUGCUGCAGAAUUUAAAGGAGCUUAAUCUUGCUGGAAACUUCAUAGAAGCCAUUGGAAAUUGUUUUGACUUCAACAAGCAAAUGGAAAUAUUAAACCUCUCUGGCAACAGGAUAUGCUCCUUCAAGGAACUUACCAACUUGGCAAUGCUCCCUCACCUAAAAGAUUUGGGACUGAAUGAUCCUCAGUAUGAACCCAAUCCCAUCUGCCUGCUCUGUAAUUAUGCUACUCAUGUGUUGUAUCACAUGCCUCAGCUUCAAAGGCUUGAUACAUAUGAUGUAUCCCACACCCAAAUCAAGGUCCUGGCAGAGACUACAGCAAUGAAAAAAAUAAUGUACUACAACAUGCGUAUAAAGAGUGUUCAUAGGCAGCUCAAUGAGGAACUUGAAAAACUAAAGGAAAGAAAAUGCAAAUUACAGAAAUUGCCAGAAGAUCGAAUAAAAUUGUUCAGCUGCACCAUAAAACACCUGGAACGUGAAUUGGCAGAGCUGCAGACAUCAGGCAAAAUCCAGAGCAACAGAUCAUCUGCUGAGAGUAAACAAACUGAUAUUGAAAACGUGGGUGAUGAGAGUGAUUACACAGAUGAGGCCAAUGAGGAGCCAAGUCUUGAGGAGAUAUUUUCUCAGAAGUUAGAUGCUCUGAGAGAAAGGAUGACAUUCUGGAACAGAAAACUGGAUGAAAUUGAAAAAAUAUACCAGAUGGAAGUUAAAAAGAAGAAGAAAAGCAAUAGUUUAGUAGUGCAGUUUUUACGGACUGAAUUGGAAACAGUGGGAAACACAUGUUUUGAAGAAGGUUCAUCAACUGAUUCCUGGUUUAAUUCCUGCUCAGAUCUAAUCCUGUCCCGAUUUUGUGCCUGGGACUUCAAAGUGUAUGGUAUCACAGGAGUGAAAAUAAAUCGCAUCUUUAGAGUGCACAACCGUAUUCUGGGGUUGAAAUUUGAAGAGAAGUUACAAAUGCUGCUGGAUAAAGAAAAUGUAAAUGAAACAGAAAACUACAGGAAGAUGCUGGAUUAUCUAUUUUAUGUCUUUGACCCAAAAUUGCCAGUAAAGAAAAAGCAACUGCUGCAAAUACUUGAGGAUGGUUUCCAGGGAAUGGAAGAACACAAGCAGCCUAACGGAGAAGAAGCCGUUCUCCUCUCUAACAGUCUAAGUAUAUCUGAAUGUCCCAGAAUAGAAUUCUUGCAACAACAAGCUGAGGCUGAAGGCAAAAAUAGCAGAGAUCCUGAGGAACCAUUCAGGCAUGGGAAACUCAUACUUGCCAAAGCUUUUCUUGGCCGUAGUGCCCCAGCACAUGAGAAGGAUUCCAUCAGCCAAGUCAACUAUCCAGACGUUAAUUCGGUGUUCCGGCCUUGGAAGCAUUUACAAAGUGGUACAUCUGCUUUUGAUACAGAAGCAUGUUCUUCCUUGGAACACACAAGCUGUGACUGCAGCCUUCGGCAGUGUGAGUGGUUUGUGUUCGAUCAUGAGCUGGUCUUGCCGGAAUACCUCAUUGAAAUUGAGUACAUUACGCUGGUCAAAAUUCAAUCCCUGUUCUCUAUACUCAACAAUGUGAUUGUAGAAGAAGGAAACAGAAACACGGAAGGAUUCAUACUGUCUCAUGACUUGCAACUGGACAAUGAAGCACUGAAUAUGGAGCCUGCAGUAAAGGCCAGACCAAAAAUUGUUUGCUUGGAUGAAAAAACAGUGCUUUCAGUUGCUAAGGCCAAUAUUUACAGCCAAAUCAUGGUUCUCAAUUUGCAUGGAAACAGCCUGAGCAAACUGCGGGACAUCCCUAGACUGAUUGGGCUUCGAAAGCUCAUUGUCAGCUUUAAUGAAUUUACUUCCUUAGAUGACAUUUGCCACUUGCCCAACCUGGAGUAUUUUGAUGCAAGCCAUAAUCAUGUGAUCACACUGGAAGGCAUUAGAGGCUUGAGCAAACUGAAGUACUUUGACCUGAGCUGGAAUCAGCUGAAAAAGACUGGGGAAGAAAUAAAUGUCUUACGUAAACACACUCCCAACUUACUCAGUCUUGAUAUCAGACAUAACCCGUGGCAUAAGCCAGGCUCAUUGCGUCUGAGUGUCAUUGGCCGAUUAAAGGCACUUACUCAUUUAGACGGGGUCCUGAUCACGGAGGAAGAGGCUGCAGAUGCUGUGCGUUAUAUCGCUGGGUCCAAGAUCACUCAGGCAUCUCUGUUAGAAAACUCCAGGACUGAUGAAGAGAGGCGACACGUUCUUAGUGUAUUCCCUUAUGCCAAAAUUCUCACCCAGUUUAGCAAGAACAGAGUGGAUUUGCAGACACAGCUCCAGCGCAACUGGUAUUCUAUGAUCACAGUCUUAGAUUUUGAUGGACAACAUCUCUCCAAAAUUGCCAACCUGGAGAAACUGGGGAAUUUAAAAUGGGCAUCUUUUAGCAACAAUAAUCUAACUAAAGUAGAAGGAUUGGAAUCUUGCCUCAACCUUGAAGAGCUCACGUUGGAUGGAAACUGCAUUUCAAACCUAGACGGAAUUUCAAAACUCACCAAACUAACACGACUUAGUGUAAAUAAUAAUCUUCUCAUCAGCCUGGAGAGACAUGUGUUUGACAACCUGUCUCAUCUUCAUUACCUCUCUCUUGAGAGCAACAGAAUCACCUCGUUGGCUGGUUUGCAGAAAGCCUAUGCACUAAUAGAACUCUACAUAAGCAAUAACUAUGUAUCUACCAACCAAGAGAUAUAUCACUUGAAGGGUUUAAUUAAUCUGAUAAUACUGGACAUGUAUGGUAAUCUAAUUGUGUGGAAACAAGAUAACUACCGCUUGUUCACAAUUUUCCAUCUUGCAUCACUCAAAGCCUUAGAUGGUGUUGCUGUUGAGCCAGCAGAAGUCGAGAGUGCCAAGGAUUUAUUUGGUGGUAGACUGACUUGUGAUACUAUUGCAGAAAGAUUAGGGCAUUCCAACUUCACUAAAAUGCAAGAAUUAAACUGGACAAGCUCCACCAUCAGAACGGUGGAUCUGGUGCCAGCUGAUCAAUUUAGAAAUGUCUGCAAUGUGAAUUUGCAGAACAACAAUCUCACCUCUUUCAGUGGCUUAGUCUUCCUGCCUAACGUCAAGGUAUUGUGUCUGAACUACAAUCACAUUGAGUCCAUAAUGCCCAGACAAAAGUCCCAAAGCCAUUUAACAAACAGGCAGCUGCUGUACCAGAAAGUGACCUCUAGUGGCUAUGGGCAGCAAGGACUUUCUAAAGGAAGCAGGGAUGCGGGAUUUGGUGAAAACCUGCCUCCAAUAAUGCACAGUUUAGAAGUUCUGCAUUUGGGCUACAAUGGAAUUAGCAACAUGACCCAACUGCAGCUCAGUAGAUUGAAAAACCUGAAGUUUCUCUUUUUACAGGGUAAUGAAAUCAGUCAGAUUGAGGGGCUUGAGGGCCUACAGCUUCUGGAGGAGCUGGUGUUGGAUCAUAACCGCAUUAAAACGAUUUUGGAAAGCUCCUUUGCUAAGCAGAGCUCCCUUUGUGCACUUCACCUGGAGGAAAACCGAAUACGAGAGCUGAACAAUUUGCAGUCGUUGGUAAAACUGCAGAAACUUUUCCUGGGAUAUAAUAAAAUCCAGGAACUAUCUGAACUGGAAAAACUUGAAGUUAUUCCUAGCCUUAAAGAGCUUUCAAUAUCUGGAAAUCCAGUAUCUCGCAAGGGGUUCCACCGCCUAUUGCUUGUGUGUCGACUGCCAAACCUCCAGGUGUUAGAUGGCACUGCAGUGAGCACGGAGGAGAGGGUGAAAGCAGAGCUCCAUUUAAUAGAACAGCAGGGCUUCCCAGUUGCAACCUCUCCUUUGGAGUCUGGGUUUUCUGGAUUCCCAGCUACCUUCCUAAAACCUACUUCCCUCAAAAUAACAAACGUGAAUCUGCUUGAAGGCAUCAACCACUUUUUUGGACCUGACCUUACGUUUACUUAUGCGGUUGAAGAACCUUUAUGGAAUGAGGCAAAUAAAACUAAGAAAUCUAAGAACCCAGGAAUGGCGACAAAUAAUCCUCGAAGUGCCCACCCAGAAAUAGCUCUCAGGCAAAUCAGAGGAGCAGCUGCUAAUCUCCUAAGCCAUCUGACGUAUCAGAGCGGUACGUCUCGAUCUGCACCAGCACACCAGAGCAGCAAGGAAAACGAGGGCAGGAGGCCCGCCAAUAGCCCCUCCAGGCAAACCCGAAUGUAACUUUCUGUAGGAAUAAUGAGCAUGAGUGAAAUAACGUGCCAGCUUCUUCCUUCGUGUUCCUUCACAAACUACAGGGGAGCUACACCAGGGGUAAUUUAGUCCAUUCUGCUUAGGUUCACAGUCAUGGUAUAAAAGCUCAUAACAACUGGUGUGAAAAAUGUGAAUGAACUCCUUGCAUUCUGCACAGUGUGAGUUAAUUACUCUUCAGUUUUACUGAACUCGGUGUGUCAUUUCGCAAAGGUAGAUAAGGAAGAAAAAUGUCAGUGUGUAAGUAGCUAAGUUCUUACACAGGAAAAACUCCCACCUACAUCCACUGCCCUGAAAACAUGCUGGGAGGGGGGCGUAUUAUGGAAACUGCCACUUCAUUAUAGUACACAUUUGUUUUUUUUUAUCCACAGCAACCUUUUCACAUACACAUGCUCACACGCGUGGCCACUGAAGUCAAGAGGUCACUCAAGUAUUUCUGAAGCCAGAAUAUGACCUGUAAUUUUCAUAUCCCCAUUAGACCUGCUUCUUACAUUUUUAUUUUUUAGAAUUAUUCAGUGACAACAAUUAAAAUCCCACAGGAUAUUCCUAGAGUAGGAUUUUACUGUAUUUUUUUAUAACAAACAUUUAAGAUACCACAGAGUAUCACCAGGAUAAAUGCCAAAAUGCCAGUAAACUACUGAUCUACUUUAAUAAGACUAGCUGCAUGGCUAUUUAAAAAGUCAUCUGAAUAAGUGACCAGGUUACAAAUUAAGCAUUAGAAGGCUUUAUUAAAACACUUUAGGAUACUUGUUCUGAUGCAAUAAAACGAGCUGUUCAUCCCAAGCUUUAUGUAAUGUGCGUGAUGUACAUUUUUCAUGUU